GUAGUUCCGCAGCAGUUACGUCCCUUUGAGUGGAAGGUAGCCAUGCUGUGGGGAAGUGUUUUGACGUGUGUUUUGAGAUCCAGCCGUCACGCCACAGUGAACGGGUCACCGGCGGCUGCAAUGUGUAGAUUGUUUACUACAACAAACAACAGUCAGUUGAAAGAAGUCAGGCAAACACAGACAGAGAAUGCAACUGUGAUUGAAGGGGUCAAGAUUCCGUCCAGUCGAACUGAUUACCUGUUGCCAGGCAACAUGGAGGUCAAGUGCCCGCUAUGCAGGGUUCAUACAGAUCUCAAAUACACGGAUGUGCUCAUCCUCAGUCAGUUCCUACGCCCCGAUGGCUGCCUCCUCCCCCGGCGGGUGACAGGCGUGUGUAAGAAGCAGCAGGUAUCUCUGGAGAAGCUGGUACACCAGGCUCAGAGGGCAGGCCUACUGCCAACAUAUCGACCUGAUCUGCCCGGCGGGAAGCCGAGGACUCACCUACGCUCCCAGUUCAAGUGGAAACAAUACAAAAUAUAUUACGAGGAGGAUUGAUGAGGAUGUCCCUGGUCCAAACAAUUACAUAAUGUGAUGGCAGAAAACACAGUGCCUGACAUGAACCUGUUCUGAACGCUACUACCUCCAUCGUCGUGAACGGAGUGAUGUCACACUGUGUGUAGCUCCCUGUUCUGAACGCUACUACCUCCAUCGUCGUGAACGGAGUGAUGUCACACUGUGUAUAGCUCGCUGUGUGAUGUCACACUGUGUGUAGCUCGCUGUGUGAUGUCACACUGUGUGUAGCUUGCUGUGUGAUAUAGCCCCAGGUGACAUCAGGACUGGCAGAUAGUGUGUGUGCUGAGUUGGGGCAUUGGAAGAUGGUGUGUAUGCAGAGUAGGGGCUAAUAAAGAAUCAAGAUGUU